CAGCAUUCGUGGACAACAUGCGCAGCCAAAUGUCGGUGCAUUAAAGACAGCGAGUCACAGAGCACAAUGGAUAAUCACCAAAAGAGGAAUCUAACUUUCUUCACAAUUGGACUGAUAUUUAUGCUGAGCGGCAUUGAGUACGCCGUCAUUCUGCCCACAAUAUGGAAGUAUCUUCAGAUUUUGGAGGCCCCCCCUUACUUCCUGGGUCUGGGUCUGUCUGCCUUCAGUUUGAGCGGGCUGAUCACAGGUCCGCUUUUCGGGCUGUGGUCAGACCGGACCAAAACUACAAAGUCCAUCAUCCUUUUCUCCAAUCUUUUUGAGAUUGCUGGUAACUUCAUGUAUUUUAUUGGAUACUCAAAGUGGCUGUUGUUAUGCAGUCGGCUUGUAGCAGGUGUCGGCGCAGGAGCGGGCUCCUCCAUCUUCGGUUUCCUGACUCGGUGCACUCGUCCCGAGGAGCGCGCCGGCAUCUUUGCGGCCAUCAUGGCCUGUCGACAAGCUGGCCUCCUCGUGGGGCCGGCGUUCAACCUGUUCCUGCGGCUGUGUGAUUUCAAACUGGGGCCCUUUGUUGUGAACAAAUAUACGUCUCCUGGGAUCUUCAUGUGCCUGUUGUGGUUGCUGCUCCAGUUUGUUGUCCUGGCUACGUACUGGGAUGUACCACCCAUCAGCUCAGAGGGGGGCGCGGUGAUGGUGGAGAUGAAACGAGAGGAGGAUGACGGGGAGAAGGUGCCGCUGAUGAGGUCCGACGAGGAGCAGGUGCACACCUACAGAGCUGUCAGCCCCGACCAAUCGGAGACCUCCGCCUCGUGUGAGAUGCACCCCGUGCGCGGCGCCUCGUCCAUCUCGAACCCUUUCAAAAGCUUCAGCGCCAGCAGAGAGUUCCUGAGAGAGGAGGUGGUUGUUCUCCUCACGGCUCAGUUCAUCACUCUCUUCAAUCAGACAGCGCUGGAGACCAUGGUGACUCCUCUGACGCAGCGCCACUUCAGCUUCGGCGAGCUGGGCAACAGCCUGAUGUACAGCCUGUGCGGGGUGGAGGUCAUCCUGGGCUUCUUCUUUGUGCGCUGGCUGAGCAGGAGGGUGGCGGACCGCGCCGUGCUGGCCGCGGGCCUGGUCAUCUGCUGCACCGCUUGUAUCUGGUGCCUCAUCUUCCUCUGCAACCCCCGAGGUGGGUAUAGAUGGGAGCUGUCCGCCUUCAUCAUCGGAGUGUUUCUACAGCUGCUGGGGCUUCCCUUCGUGGCCGUGUCUCAGGUGUCUCUCUUCUCCAAAGUCACUGCAGAGAAAACACAAGGAUUCAGCCAAGGUGUUAGACGCUCAGUCGGGGGCCUGGCCACCAUCUUGGGUCCUUUGUGGGCUGGAGGACUGACCAGUAAUUUGUACGUGAUGCUGGGCAUGAUGCUAGCUCUCCUUAUAAUGAUCACAGUUAUGACAGCGCUGUCCUACGAGCGGCUGACUGAGCCCAGGGCAGUGCAGUGCGCCCAGAGCUCUGACAGCGGAGGAUAGAGCUGCAGCCUUUCUGAAGAGCCCGAGAGGCUAAAGAUGGACAGAGGGAGUGCCCUUCUCUUCUGAGAGAAUCAAUACAAGUUUACUGCAGAGAGGAAACUG